GGCGCACGCCAGGUCGGAUCAAAACGGGACAAAUCACACUUGUUGCUAUCAUCUCAUGCUAACAAACGCAUUUCUUCUCAUUCUUUCGAUCUCAUUUGCGAACGCAAUCAACUUCGAAGGUUGCAAUGUUACUCACUCUUGUUGGUUUCAUCCACCAGAAUGCUACCUAAACGAACGAGCCAAAUGCAUUUCCGGAGUGCGAUGGGCUAUGGAACCUGAUGGCCUUUAUAUUCAACUGCAAACCUAUGCGAUAGAUUUGGAUCGUACAAGACCAGUGUACGCUGCGCUUGGUUUUAGUUAUAACCAGAGGAUGAAUGAUGACACUGUGGUCGAAUGUGUGCAACCGCUCCAAGGAGAAGGAAAAGUGCGAGUGUCGUUUAACGAUGAGACUAGUAACUACGUUCUCUAUCAGGCCACUGACGUUCUCUUAGAAAACGGCACUACCAGACUAGAAGACGGUUUGCUUACAUGCGAUGUGAAGCUCAAGCUUGAUAAUGUCCUUCUGGUCGCAAACGAGUCACAGUUCAUGAUUCAUGAUCUUGAAUCACAACCUUACUACUUACUAUUCGCUAGAGGAAAUGCGAAUCCUUACACCUUGGAAAAGGACAUCCACUCCGUCAAUGACAAUCCACAGUUUCCAUGGAUGACUCAAGAAAUGGUAUCAUUCUGUCGCGGUCAUCACGGCUGCACACCAAAGACUUACAUGCUCGUAGAUGGCAUACAAUCAAGAGUUGAACGAUACUGGAGAUACCGCAUAGCUGUUCUCCACGGAAUAGCGCUUAUUUUUGCUUGGUGGGUGCUUGGAUCAUCAGCAAUUCUCAUUGCCCGGUUUUUCAAGCCACUGUUUCCUCGCAAGAAAUUACUGGGCACGGCAGUCUGGUUCCAGCUUCACCGGGAUCUAUUCCUAAUUUCCCUGGUUCUGCAAAUUCUUGCCGUCUUUUUCAUUUUCUGGCAGGCAAGCUGGGUAUGGUACGAAUGCUCUUACCAAUGUACUCUGAAGGACUUUUCCAAGAAAAUGCAUGCUAUCACUGGUAUGAUAGCAAUGGUAUUAGCACUAACACAACCUUUACUGGCCUUGCUUCGACCGUCUCCGAGCUCUGAGUACCGUUACAUUUUCAACUGGACACAUUGGCUGAUUGGAAUGACGGCAUGGAGUUUUGCAAGUGCAACAAUGGUGUUAUCAUUGGCAAUGGGCAAGACAGGAUUGAAUUCCUACUACGGCUAUGCACCAAACUGGAUAAUGGGAGCAUACAUACUGUUUUUCAUAGGAUGCAACAUAGUAAUGGAAAUGCUUGCCACGAACAACGAUGUUCGAAUGGAGAAAAAUGGACCGUCCGGAAUGGCUCUUUCACAUUUGAAUGGGCCGACGGUGGAGUCACCACUUGCACCGCCAACUCGAUCAACCGCACGCCUUGCUGUCUUCUUCCUACACUUGAUCGUUGCACUAGGAGUUGCCAUAACGAUAACGGUAAUGCUAGUGACUAUUCUGUACUCGCAUUCGCCUUGAACACUACGGAUGCUGCUGUUAGAUGCUGUUUAUUUGCUCAUUCUGAGAGGGUCUGAUUAGUCUCAUUACGUCAUCCACGUAACUUGCAGAAAAGUGCUUAGUGGAUCUUAUAUGUAUCGUUGGCGUCUGCAUCAUGACAUAAAUAUAUUUGUAUGACUUUGCGACUGUACCCAUACUUCUUGUGAAGUAGUUUAGAUAAACCUUCCUGGCAAUAUCGUUUGAAUGAAGUGCCUAAUUUGUUCUUGUUAAUUCUAAGCAAUCCUACUCUUAAAUUUAUAUGCUAGCAGGGUAUCGUGUUUCAUUCUGUUCUUUCAGAGUUCAUAUGAUUAAGAAAAGGUUCAUGUUAAAUAAAACAGUUUUAGCCACA